UAACUGUGGCAAUUAAGUUCGGAUUCUAGAGUUUUAUUCAUGUUUGUUAUUAAUUUUUGUUGCAAUUAUUACAGAAAUGACGGACGAAAAUAAAUUACUGUUUGUCAAAUAUGAAGAAAUUCCUUUGCCAAAAGAAGACACAGAGUCUCGACCGGCGACGCCAAAAACGGAGGACAGUUCAUCUUCUUCUUCAGAUGAAGAAGGGGAAGAAGCAGAUAGUCUACUUUUCGAUCCUCAUUCUUUAGAUGAAGCGCAGAGGGCAGAAGCAGUACGCAACGAAACGAUAGCAAGAGUACUAGACUCCAUUUUGCUACCAACGACAAUCGAGAGAAACGGCAAAAUGUACCUUUUGAGGCUAUCUCGCCAACCAAUAAGCCGAUCACAAUUAGUCGAACUAAGCAAGAAUUUUGAAAGUUGCUUAAAAGAAAGACAAGUUCGAAUGCAAGGAUAUUGUCCAAUUAGGCGAGAAUUAUAUGAUCAAUUGUUCGAUGAACUCAUUCGCCAAUCUACAAUCCUUUGUGCCGAGAGGGGUUCUCUCUUGCUCAGAGUUCGUGAUGAAUUUCGCAUGACGAUUGCUGCAUACGAACAAUUAUACGAAAGUGGUAUGGAAUAUGGCAUCCGAAAAGCGACACAAGCCGAAGCCGAGAAGAACAGCGUCGAGAUUCAGUAUAACCAAUUGAUGGCAGAAAUUGAGAGAGCUGAAAAACGAAAAAAGGACUUAGAAGCCGAAAUUAAAGCAGAAGAACAGUUGUCCAUGCAAAGAAUAGACAUGGAAAAACUACGUCACGAGCAAAUGAUGGAAUUUUUACGAAAGUUGAAUAAACAGUUAAAAGAACAGUUAUCGUACCUUAAUUAAAAGAACUAAAGAUGUAAUCAAAGUGCUACGAUUUAUGCAUUCAUGAGGCCACUGUAAACUAUAAAUAUGGAAAUAAAUUCAUUCUGUAAAAAAA